GAAGGUUGGAGUCGAGAUAGUGCGCACGUUAAGUCAAGUCAACCCCUAAGACAGGCCCUUAAGAUUGAGGUUAAAUUUCGUUUCAGUUUGUUUAUCCGAUUUUUCAGUUUUUAAACGAUUCCUCGUAGUGGAUCAGUGAAAAUGAAAUACAAUUAUUUGAUGAACGGGGAUUCGUUCAUUGUACCGAAGCAUCUUUUAGAGGCGAUUAAUAAAGAAGACAUGGCCCCCACAAGAACGGUGGUCACCAGGGAUUUACCAGGGGCAAAUGCGAAAAGAACAUCAAUAACCACACGAAGCAGAGCUGCCUUGGCGGAUGUCGAAAACAAAAUCGUCAGAACAACGAAAAGGAAAGCUGACGGAUCACCCACCAAAGAAACAAAGACCAACUUCAAAAGGACGGCACUGAGCGAUUUGCCUAGAAAUUCCAAUGUUGUACCGAAGAAAAACGCGGUGGAAAAACCUAUACUGAAGGCUGUACCAAGAUCGAAACAAGUAGCAGCCACCACCAUAAAAACCGUAACAAAAUCGAAAAAUAAUGAAAAUCAGAUCCCAAAUGCUCCCGGAGUGAAAACGAAGACGAGGUUACCGGUCAAAGCAACAGCCGAGACAGAAACAGUAGUUAAGGCUAAAGUUCCAUUGAAAGAGAGUAAUGGAAAAGUGAAACGAUUAAGCAAUGAAUUUGAGAAGACUGAGGAAUCUAUGUAUUCCACACCCUUAGAAGAUUUGAGUGUCGCUUCAGUGUACAAAAGCGCGGAGGGACCUAAACCGAAACCUUCUGAACCUAUAAUAGAAGAAAUGGAGCCCGAAAACCAAACGUCCAAUAUAUCUUUAGUAGCUAAGCAAAUGAAAGAACAACUCAACCUUGGCAAUCAUGAAGUACCUGAAGGUGUUCAUGAUUUCGAUAAGGAAAAUAUGAACGACGUUAACCAAUCAUCCGAGUAUGCGAUGGACAUCUUCAACUACCUCAAAGAAAAAGAAGAUCGGCAACAAAUUCCCGACUAUAUGGGGUCGCAGGUUUGUAUUACAACUUGGAUGCGAUCUCUAUUGGUGGACUGGAUGGUUGAAAUACAGGAAAGUUUCGAACUCAAUCACGAGACUCUGUAUUUGGGCGUGAAGCUUGUCGACUUGUAUCUCAGUAGAGUGACCGUUGGUAAGGAGACCCUCCAGCUCGUAGGCGCUGCGGCUAUAUUUGUUGCCAGCAAAUACGAUGAACGCAUACCGCCCUUGAUUGAAGAUUUUCUGUACAUUUGCGACGGGGCAUAUACCAGGAGGGAAUUGAUCAGGAUGGAAAUGAAUCUGUUGAAGGUCUGUGAUUUUGAUCUAGGUGUAUCCAUCAGUUACAGAUUCCUGAGGAGAUAUGCUAGGUGUUCCAAAGUAAACAUGCCUGUACUAACUUUGGCUAGAUAUAUCCUUGAAAUAUCGCUCAUGAAUUACGAAGCUGUGACAGUCAAAGAAUCAAAACUUGCAGCAGCAUCUUUGUAUAUGGCUCUCAAAAUGAGAGGAGUCAGUGGAUGGACCCCAACCUUGGAAUUUUACACAGGUUACAAAAUUGAGGACAUUAUUAGUACAGUAUAUUUACUGAACAAUGAUAUGCAUAAAACACCCAAAGUUCAAUUAAAAACGAUACGUAAUAAGUAUAACCACAAGAUUUUCUUCGAAGUUGCAAAAACACCACUAAUUAGUAACGAAGCACUCAAGCCCUAGUUUCAUUUUUUAUAUAUAUAGAAAUUUUACACAUUGACGAAAUUUUAACUCACAUGUUCAUGUAUAUUCUACAGUAAUUAUUGUUUAUAUGAUGAAGAGAUAUACAGUAAUUAUUAUAGGAAACCAACUGGAAGCACUGUAAAAUAUGCACAAUUCAAAACCUUGUAAACGAGAUUGUGUAUAUUAUAUUUUAAGGAUGAUUUUUAAUUGUCAGCCUAGAAGUGUAUUGAUGAGCUCAAUAAAAAUUUUCAAUCAAAGAAGGUUAAUUUGAUUAGAGUGAUUAGACUAAGCAUCAUAUGUAUAUGGUUGUAAAUUAUAUUUUUUUGUUUAAACCUGAUUUUAAUAAAAACAUCACAAGUC